AUGAGUGAGGAAAUUCUUAGGAAAUACAUUCAGAAUGGCCUUAUAGAUGCUGAGCUUAACGAGCUCUUUGGGAAAUAUUUCCAAGCUCAGAUAUAUGCUGGAAGCACCAUCAAGCACAACCAGACACCAAUCAAGAUUAGUAUCAAGGUGUAUAACCCACAGGAGGCUAUUGGAGAAAACAAAUUCAAGCUUCUGCAAUUGCAAAACAUGAUAGGACAGAGAUUUGAUAUUCCUCCAAACAAUAUCGACAUUGUCUUUGAGAAGAUUGCCGACCGAGGAUUAGAGCCUGCAUAUCACGCAGAACAGCUCAGAUUGGCUUUUCUUCAGAACAAGCCGUAUAAGAGAGUCAUCAAUUCCAUAAUCAAGAGCAGUAGAGCCGCAGGCGCACAAGGUGUGAUGAUUAGAGUGGCAGGAAAGCUCAAGGGCCAAAGAGCCAAGGCUAUUAAGUACUUCGAUGGAUAUUUUAUUCAGAGUGGAAUGGCAGCCAAGGACUAUGUUCGAUCAGCCAAGUCCCAGGCCAAAUGCAAGCAGGGCACUAUUGGUGUUCAAGUUUCCGUGAUGCUUCCGUAUGACCCAGAAGGUGUGGUCGGAUCCAAUACUAUUAUUUCUGAUAGGAUUACGAUUAUUGAGCCUAAGGCAUUUAGUUAA